AUGCGUGACAGGAGCACUGAGAUUCGAAUGCUUGACUUGCAAGUUCAACGAAGCAUCGAUCAGACAGCAAAGGCUGCGAAAGAAUUUUUCGAUCAGGCUCCGAGUCUUUCAAGAGAAGAGCAGAAUCGCCGUUAUGCGAAGCUUAAAGAGGAAUACAAAAAAAUUCGUGAGCAAACAGAGGAAAAGGUGGCGAUCGCGGAAACUAUGUACACUUUACUGGAAAAAUACAAACAACGAUUGAACAAAGAAGUUCUUCAUUUUAAGUAUGAAUUGGAGGCCGAUAAUCCGGGUAUCACGGAGCAAAUUGAGAAAAAAAUUAUCGAAGCUGAGAAGAUGCUACUUAUACAACGCAAGGAAAGAAGGAGACGUGGACAUGAUAGCACACAUAAUUCGUCGGCAGUAACCAAUGGUAAUUUGACAAUAAACAGAGCAACACCGUCACCAACGCUAUCGCGUUCAACUCUUCAUAAGACAAAUGCGGCUGUAAGCGCACUCGAGCCAAACCACCUCGAUAUGGGUGUUUCUGCACAAAGUAGUUUUACGCAGCACGAUGAUGAUAUGAUGUCGGUGGGAAGUUCAGUGGCCAGUGCAAUACCGCGUGUUCGUGGCCCGUCAUGCGCUCAACAGCGUGAUCCAGAUUUACCCCCUCUCAAGGUGACCGUGAAGCGAUCGGCCACUAAUCCCAAGCAGUUAAUUGCGAUCACCAAUGUUGCCUCAUCACCAGCUCUUUCGUCUCUUUCACCAUCGUUAAGUGAGAAAGGUAGCGAACGUUGGGCAUGUCCGUCAGCUUCAUUAACUCCUCCUGUUCAUUCGCCAGUAACUAAUUCGAAGCCAUCUCAUCAGGUACGUUAUCGAACUAACAAUUCCACUCUGAAUACAUCAACUUCCUCAUCAAAUGUUACCUCGCUCACAAGUGGAACGUCGAUGCUAACGUUUGCUGGACAAGAAAGUAGACACGGACGACCAAGAAAGUUAACGUCACGCGUGCAAGAAAUGCUCAAAGAUACAAUGCAGCGUCACGAGCGACGUAUGCCAAGUCAUCAUUCACCUGACCAAGAAGACGGUUCGGAAGGCGACGAUUCAGAUCAUGAUAAUGACAAGCGUACUUGGUGCAUUUGCAAUCAGAAAUCAUAUGGUUGUAUGGUCGCUUGUGACAACAAGUCAUGUCCCAUCGAAUGGUUUCACUAUGAUUGUGUGAACUUAACGCAACCACCGAAAGGCAAAUGGUUCUGUCCACAUUGCUCACAAAAUAAAUUACGAACAAAUCUUCCGUCUACUGAUAAUUUUUAA